UAUUAUUCAUAGUUUUAUUUUUUUUUUUAUUAUACAAUUGUAUUAUUACUCAAUUGAUUGAUAGACAGACUCAUUGUUGUUAUUAUUUGUUUGAAUCGCAAGACAUUAUUGUAUUGACCACCAAAUGGCUGCCACAAGAAGAUUACAAAAGGAAUUACAAGACAUCCGUAAGGCUGGUCUCCGAUCGUUUCGCGACAUUCAAGUGGACGAACAAAAUAUGUUGACAUGGGUUGGACUCAUUGUUCCCGACAACGUGCCGUACAAUAAGGGCGCCUUCAGGAUUGAGAUCAACUUUCCGGCCGAAUACCCGUUUAAGCCGCCGAAGAUCACAUUUAGGACUAAGAUAUACCAUCCAAACAUUGACGAGAAGGGACAGGUCUGUCUUCCCAUAAUUCAGGCCGAAAAUUGGAAACCGGCGACAAAGACAGACCAGGUAAUCCAAGCACUGGUAGCUCUAGUCAACGAUCCCGAACCAGAACACCCGUUGCGAACCGAUUUAGCCGAAGAAUUUUCAAAGGAUAAGAAAAAGUUCUUUAAAAAUGCCGAAGACUUUACUAAAAAGUUUUCAGAGAAAAGACCGUCUGAUUAAGCGAUAAAUUUUGAUAAUUGAAUCGAUUGGUCGCAAAACUAAGUAAUUAAUUAUUAUUAUUAUUAUUAUUAUUAUACAUAAAUUAUCUCUCAAAUGAACUCUUUUU